AAUAAAAAAUAAAAAAAUAAACUCUUAUCCGAGAGUGUGUGAGCUUGGGAUACAGUAAUCUGUAGAGCAUUGAAUCCGGAUCCUAAGCUUUUUCUCCCAUGGAGUCUCCUCCUGCAAAGUUUGAUGUGUUUCUUAGUUUCAGAGGUUUCGACACACGAAACAACUUCACAGGCCAUCUACAAGAUAAGCUUUCUGGAAAGGGAAUCGACUCCUUUAUCGACGACAGGCUCCGCCGAGGGGACGACAUCGCGGCGCUUUUCGAUCGAAUCGAGCAAUCCAAGAUUGCGAUCAUUGUCUUCUCGAAGAACUUCACAAACUCCACGUGGUGCCUCCGAGAGCUUGUGAAAAUCGUCCAGUGUAGGGACAUAAACAAACAGGUGGUGAUACCUAUCUUCUACAAAAUUGAAAAAUCAGAGUUGUUGAUGAUGGUGGGAGACAAGAGUUUCACCGGUGUUACCGACGACGAGGUUUCAUCAUGGAGAGCUGCGUUGACCACAGCUUUCAACAUCUCUGGCUAUGUUAUCAAUGAAUCUAGCACGUCCGAGGCUAAACUUGUUAACGAAAUUGCUUUCGACACGUUAAAGAAGCUGAGUGAUUUGGCUCCCGUAGGAAACCAUGGCCUGGUAGGAAUAGAAUCACGUGUGGAGGCUCUAGAAAAGCUAUUAUCGUGCCAUGAGUUGGGUUCUGUUCGUGUCAUAGGAAUUGUUGGCAUGGCUGGUAUUGGUAAAAGCGCCCUUGCUGAUUGCUUGUACGGACGGUUGCGAGGUCAGUUCGAUGGUAGCUGUUUCCUUUCCAAAAUCAGUGAAAAUCUAGGUCGAAGCGGGUUAGAAUAUUUGUUAGAGAAGCUCUUGUCUACAUUGCUAAACGAAAGAAAUCUGGAGAUUGGAGCUCCUGAAACUGCACAUGCGAAAUUUGAGAGCCGUCUCAAGAGCAAGAAACUGCUUAUUGUGCUUGAUGAUGUGAAUCAUGAGAAACAAAUAAGACAUCUUAUGGGGCACCGUAAAUGGUAUCGAGGAGGAAGUAGAAUCAUCAUUACUACUAGAGACUGUAAACUGGUGGAGACGAUCCAAGGCCGAAAAUAUGUGCUCCCGAGAUUGAAUGAUAGAGAAGCCUUGAAGCUCUUUAGCUCGAAUGCGUUUGGUGACAGUACUGGGCCUCUAAAAGAGUUUCAGGGUUUGACAAAUAUGGUUCUUGAUUAUGCUAAAGGCCACCCUUUGGCUCUUAAGGUUUUAGGAUCUGAUCUUUGCAAGAAGGAUAAACAGUUUUGGGAAGCUAGGUUGGAAAUACUCAAAAGUAAAUCUCAUGGAGAUAUCUACGAAGUUCUUGAAACUAGUUUUGAUGAACUUAGCAUUGAGCAGAAAGAUAUCUUUCUUGAUAUUGCAUGUUUCUUUCGAUCAGAGAAGGUGGAUUACGUGACAAGCCUUUUGUACAGUCGUGGAACGAAUGUUUCUACCGUGAUACAAGAACUCGUUGACAAAUGUUUGAUUACCCUUGUUGAUAAUCGCAUCGAGAUGCAUGACAUGUUGCAGACGAUGGGAAAGGAGAUUAGUACAAAACCAGAACCAAUCGGAAUAAGAGACUAUAGGUGGAUAUCACAACAUCGUCCGCAGCGCGAUUGGCAUCUCAGACUAUGGGAUAGUGAAGAUAUCUGUGACCAGCUGACAAAAGACAUGGGUUCUAAAAAAAUAAGAGGGAUUUUUCUUGACACAUCAAAUCUAGGAGAAAUGCGUCUAAGAUCCAAAGCCUUCAACGGGAUGUACAAUCUCAAAUACAUAAAAAUUUAUGAUUCUCGGUGUUCUCGUAGGUGUGAAGUGGAUCAUAAACUGUACUCUCGAAAUGGGUUUGAUUUCCUUCCUGAUGAACUUACUUAUCUACAUUGGCAUGGAUGCCCUCUACAGAGUCUCCCUCAGAACUUUUACCCCAAGAACCUAGUCGACCUUAAGUUGCCAUAUAGUAAAUUAGUAGAGAUUUGGGGUGAUGACAAGGAUGCUAGAAUGCUCAAAUGGGUCGACCUCAGUCAUUCGUUGGAACUACGCCGGUGUUUGGGUUUGGCAAAUGCUCAAAAUCUUGAAAGAUUGAAUUUGGAAGGAUGUAAAAGUUUGGAAAAGUUGCCAUCAUCGAUGAAUUGUUUGGAAAAGCUUAUUUACCUCAAUCUCAGGGAAUGCACAAGCCUUAGGAGUCUUCCAAAAGAAAUAAAAAACCAAUCCCUGCAAACUCUUAUUCUCAGCGGCUGCUCCAGCUUAAAGAAAUGUCCACUAAUCUCAGAAAAUGUUGAAGUUCUACUUUUAGAUGGCACUGCUAUAAAGACCCUUCCUGAAUCCAUUGAAACCUUAAGAAAACUUGUUUUGUUGAAUCUGAGGAAUUGCAAAAAGCUGAAGCGUCUUUCUUCUGGUCUUUAUAAGUUAAACUGUCUACGAGAGCUAAUACUUUCAGGCUGCUCACAACUAGAGGUUUUUCCAGACAUCAAGGAAAACAUGAAGGCUUUGGAGAUUUUACUUCUGGAUGAUACAGCCAUCACUGAGCUGCCAAAGAUGAUGCAUUUGAGCAAUAUCAAGACAUUUUCGCUAUGUGGAACAAGCAGUCAAGUUUUUGUUAGUAUGUUCUUCAUGCUACCAACAUUGUGCUGCUCUCGGUUAACAGAUCUUUACCUCUCAAGAUGCAAUCUCUCCAAACUCCCAGAUAAUAUUGGUGGUCUAUCCUCUCUGCAGUCUUUAUGCUUAAGCGGAAACAACAUCGAGAAUCUUCCAGAGAGCUUCGACCAACUUCAGAAUCUGAAAUGGUUUGAUUUAAAGUAUUGCAAAUUCCUCAAAUCUAUACCAGCCCUUCCUCAAAACCUGCAAUAUCUGGAUGCACAUGAGUGCGAGUCACUUGAAACUUUGGCAAAUCCAAUGACACCGUUGAAUGUGGGACAGAGGAUCCAGUCUAUGUUCAUGUUUAGCAAUUGUUACAAACUCAACAAAGAAACACAUGAGAGCCUUGUGGGUCAUGCUCGAAUCAAAAGUCAAUUGAUGGCUAAUGCAUCUGUCAAACGUUAUUAUAGGGGAUUCAUCCCAGAGCCUCUGGUCGGAAUCAGUUUUCCGGCAACUGAUAUACCUAGCUGGUUCUGCCACCAAAGAUUGGGACGUUCACUAGAUAUCCCAUUGUCUCCGCAUUGGUGUGACACUAACAUUGUUGGAUUUGCCUUAUCUGUAGUUGUCUCAUUCAAGGACUAUGAAGACCGUGCGAAACGUUUGUCGGUAAAGUGUUGUGGCAAAUUCGAGAACCAAGAGGGUUCCUUCACAAGAUUUGAUUUCACUGUCGCAGGCUGGAAUGAGCCAUGUGGAUCGCUUAACCAUGAACCAAGAAAGCUCACUUCUGACCACGUUUUCAUGGGAUACAAUAGUUGCUUCCACGUUAAGAAUCUUCAUGGAGAAACUGAAAACUAUUGCUACACGAAGGCUUCGUUCAAAUUUUAUGUGACGGAUGAUGAAACAAGGAAGAAGAUGGAAACUUGUGAAGUUAUAAAAUGUGGGAUGAGUUUAGUGUAUGUUCAUGAAGAUGUUGAUUGUAUGUUGCUGAAACGGACAAAACUAGUUCAGUCAAGUUUGCAGACCGAACCAACCUAUUCCUACGGUCUAGAUGAUGUUAUGGAUGAUGUUAGACCCAAGAGAGGACUUCGCCAGUUUGCUGGUGGUGAAGAAACAGAUUGUAAGAGAAUGAAGGAAGAGAAGAUCACAGCGUGAUAAUAUCUAUAAUAAACGCCUAUUAUAUGUGUAUCUUCUAUCGGGAAAUAAGGAUUAGUUCAUGAUGAUUAUCUGUAGCAUGAUAAUUAGGUGAUUUUGUAAACAAAAGAAUAUGCAGACAAAGAAAUUGAUCCAUGUCUUUAGAUAAACCUGCUUCCCAUAA